AGCCACCUAUGCGGCGCUUAAUUUGAAAAUAAAAGAAAAGAUCAGCGUUCACUUGCUCUUCAUUUCUUUAGUCUUCGUCUAAUCUUCAUACAAUCACAACCUGUAAUGACAAAUUCAGAGAGUUGGCGAGUAGUGCUCCAGGGACAAGGAAAUGGGGACGUCUGAGCAACUUGUUUCUUUCCUCAUCCUUCUCUCCUGAAAUCCAUGAUCCCCUCAGAGUGAUGAAGAUCUUUCGCAAGAUCCUGUCGUCCUGGGAAAGACACAUAUUAUUUAUAUGGUGACAGAGUUCAAACCAAUGGCUCCAAGAACAAGUGCUGGUAAACCUUGGAGAACCCAGCAGUUCUCUGCUCUACUAUCUUCAGCAUUCCUUGAAUGGGUUUUGAUGCUUCUGCUGCUGCUUGAGGGGCUAAUCUCCUAUCUGGUGACGGCAUUUGCGCGCCUUUGCAAGCUGCAACCUCCAUGUCCAAUGUGUACAAGACUGGAUCAUGUUUUGGGCAAGGAGCAGCCGGGCUUCUACCGUGACCUGAUGUGCAAUUCUCACAAGGCAGAAGCAUCGUCAUGGGCAUUUUGCCACAUUCACCAAAAGCUUGUCGAUGUCCACAGUAUGUGUGAGGCCUGCCUUCUUUCAUUUGCUACUGACAAGAAGUCGAAUCUUCAGACAUACCGGUCCUUGGUGGGGAAACUUGGUCUUGGGAUCGGCAAUGUGUGUUGCAACAACAACUACGGUAGGAAUAAUGCAACUGAAGCACCCUUCUUGACGGAGGAUACUCUAUGCUCAUGUUGCUCGAGGCCGUUGAAAGUGAAGUCAUAUUCUUUUCUGGUUCUUCAGAGCAAAGCUAGUGGCAUUGGUAUUGAAGAGAUUUGCAGGGAUGUUUCAAGAGAUCAGUGUAUCGAUGAGAUCAAUUAUGUCGCGUACAGUGAGCUGAAGACCUCUGACUCUGAAUCAGAGCCCUGGCAGGUUGGUGGUAAUGUUGGAAGUUUGCUAAAGGACGAUGCCGAUAAUUUGAAGGAAGGUUUUGGGUUGGACCAUCCACUAACAAAGAAUGCAGAUGAUAUUCCUCCAUAUGACAACUCACAGGAGAAAAUUCAUGAGCAGUCUGAGUCGAUAUUGGUCCAGAAUGGUGAUUCUGACAAUAUGCUUUCUGAAAAUUCAGGAGAGUUGUGCAACAUCCAAGCUGAUGGCAAAGCAAAGCUUCAUUCAACUGAUCUCCCCGUCGAAGAUUGUCAGAAAAUUACUGAAGAUUUUGACAGAAGAGAUAAAUCGGAAGAUGAUGUUUGGCACAACGCUCUUAGUUCUACCGAGAAGUUAUCAGUAGCUGCUAAAUCUGCUGAAACAGACACCAUAGCAGAUGAAAAUAAAGCUGAGUUUACUCAUAGAACAACAAGGAAGAAUUCUUUUAAAGUUCAUGAAGAUUUGAAGUUACUGUUAUCACAGCUUUCCACUUCUUCCCAUGCACCUGACACUGAUAGUCCUACUGUACAAGACCAACGUGAAAAAGCCAUACUGCACAACAUCACUAGAGCGCUCUCACUUGAGAGGAACUACACAGGUAUUUCUGAGAGCAUGGUGAAUGAAGUUGAAGUGGAGUGUACAAUUGAUCAACUCAAGCGGCAAAUUGAAUUGGACCGUCAGUCGAUAAGCCGCCUUUGGAAGGAGCUGGAGGAAGAAAGAAAUGCCUCAGCUGUUGCAGCGAACCAAACGAUGGCCAUGAUCACUAGACUGCAGGAAGAGAAGGCAGCAAUGCAGAUGGAAGCCCUGCAGUACAAAAGGAUGAUGGAAGAGCAAAGCGAGUACGACCGCGAGGACCUUCAGAAGAUGUCUGAAACGGUGCAGACGCUUCAAGCUGAGACCGAGAGCUACAAGACGAAACUCAGAGAUCAGUUGCUCGUCGACGAAAUACGCGACCACAUGCGCCUUUCAUGCCCAAGAGAACAUGAGUCUAGCAUAUCCAGAACGACUAAAUCACUUUCCGGCUUUGAGGACGAGAAGGCGUACAUCUCAAAACGCUUGAGGAAACUGAGGCAGAAACUUCACCAGUUCUCAAACAACAGCAAUCACAUUUCAUUGCCAAAGCCUAGUGAUUACAAAGAAAAUUCAGUAGAUGACACGAACAGCGAUGAUGCGUACGAAGAUGCCGACGAUCUGGUAUUCGACAAGCAUCUAGGAAGAAAUGGCGACAGCCUCAAGGACUCGAGACUCGGUAAAGAUGAUCCGAAGGGCCAGUACCAUGCCAUGGUCAGUGACAGUGAGAAGGACCUGGCCUGUUUUGAGGAUGAGAUUUCUGAAGUCAGUGGAAGGCUGAAGGCGCUGGAAGCUGACCGGAGCUUCCUGGAGCACAGCGUGAACUCGCUGAGAAACGGCAAGGAAGGGGAGGAGCUGAUCCGCGACGUUGCUAGCAGCCUCAGGGAGCUCCGGAAGAUGGGGAUCACUUGGAAGGAAUACGAUUAGCUGAAGCUUCCCUGCUUCAGUGGUGGUGACUGUUUUAGCAGAGGCUGUAAAUAAUGAUGAGCUGAUUGUAGUGGAGCAUGUGCAUACGGUUGCUGUCAUCUGGUUGUGGUUGUGGGUAUGUAAGUGCGCCGAGCUUUUCGCGUGAAUUGCUGUACUACAUUGCAUUGCGGAUUUUUAGUGCCUGCGAGUUGACCAGGGUAUUGUACAUAUACACUUUCCAGCGCUUUCAUUUUUCAGGAGAUGGUACAGUAUGGUGCUUUAUUUUCUUCUCUAGAAGUGCAUUUUUUUCCUCUUACUAGCAACUGCACAUAUAU